AAAUAAUUAUAUUAAAUUUAUAGUAAUAAAAUGUAACAAAAAGAAAAAUAAGAAUCAAGUGAUGAAGAAAUAGAAGUCUAGCCAGAAUAGCAAUAAUAAUUGGUAGUAAAACAAAAUACUUAAUAUAAUUAAUAAUUAAUCGAUAAAUUAAACAAACCACAUCAAUUUUGGUAAACUCAACCUAUGCCAAAUAUAAAUGAGAUGGAUAAAUUAAAGCCUGGUCCUAUUUAAUUAGGAGUCUUAGCAGAAGUCAGAAAGGAUCCAUUUAAUUUAAUUGACAAAUUUGAAUGGUUUAAUGUUGAUUUGAGAAAUGAAGAAUAAGCACAAUAAGUAAAUAUAAAAACUAAUUAGGUUUAUACAUUAUUGAAAGAAAACUAUGUAGAAGAUGAUGAUAAUAUGUUUAGAUUUGAUUAUUCAAUAGACUUUUUGAGAUGGGCAUUAUUACCCCCUGGAUAAUAUUCUGAUUGGUUAAUUGGUGUAAGAGUCAAUUAGAAAUUAGUUGGAUUUAUCACAGGUAUUCCAGUAACACUUAAUAUUGAAAAUGAACAAACUAAAGUGAAAAUGACAGAAAUUAAUUUUUUAUGUGUCCAUAAAAAAAUUAGGGCAAAUAGAUUAGCACCUGUGUUAAUAAAAGAAAUUACUAGAAGAGUACACAUUAAGAAUAUGUGGUAAGCUGUUUAUACAGCAGGAAUUGUUGUUCCUACACCUAUUUCUUAAACUAGGUAUUAUCAUAGAAGUUUGAAUGCAAAAAAGUUGAUUGAAGUUGGAUUCUCAUCAUUAUCAGCUAGAUAAACUAUAUCAAGAUAACAAAAAUUAUAUAAAUUACCAGAGGAACCUAAGACUCCAGGACUUAGACCUAUGAAAAAGAAAGAUGUUGCUUAAGUUACUAAAUUAUUAAAUGAGUAUUUAAAGUAAAAUUAAAUCUUUAUAUUUAGAAAUUUCAAAUUAUAUUUUAAAUACUCUGAAGAAGAAGUGAAACACUGGUUUUUACCAAGAAAAGAUGUUAUAAGUACCUAUGUUGUUGAAAAAGAAUAGGGAGUUGUUACAGACUUUUUGUCAUUUUACAAUUUACCAAGUUAAGUGAUCAAAAAUCCUAAAUAUACUCAUUUAAGAGUAAUUUAUAUAUUAAUUAUUAAGGCUGCUUAUUCUUAUUAUAAUGUUGCCACUUCAACUCCUAUUGUACAACUAAUGUAUGAUGCAUUAAUAUUAGCAAAAAAUGAAGGUUAUGAUGUCUUUAAUGCAUUAGAUAUUAUGGAUAAUGAUAAAUUUUUGAAGGUAUAGAAUGUAUCAAAUAAAAAAGGAAUUAAUGUUUUGUCCAGGAGAUGGAUAAUUAAAUUAUUAUCUUUACAAUUGGAAAUUAGAAAGUAAUAUGUUAAAACCAGAAGAGAUAGGAAUUGUUCUUGUAUGAGU